UUUACCAGUACCACAGAGACAAGCUUUGGAUCAGCUCACACACCUAAUUACAAGACUGUAGGAGCCAAAGCCUGCAGCUCCGACUUUAGGCCAGCUUUAGAAUAGUUUACUGUUAAAGGGAAAGUUUUCACGUGCAGAAGUCGCCAUGGUUGACAGCAUGGACUUGGAGAAGCAACAGAAGCAGUACUGUAUUCGGAGUAAGCAUGUAGUUAUCAUCUGCGUGACUGUGGUAGUGUGCUCUUUGGCAGUGGGCCUCGGGGUGGGCCUCUCGGGGUCAGAUUGUUGCCCCAUCCCUACCUCCUCCACACCAGAACCAACACCACAGCCUACACCAAUGCCUACUCAGCCUCUUCCUCCAAGCAGGGGGCCAUGCACACCUUCUACAGACUCCAGUGGGGACUGGAGGAAUUUCCGUUUACCCAGCUAUGUGAAUCCAGUCCACUAUAACCUGCACCUGGAGCCGGACCUGGUUGAUGACACCUAUAGUGGCAUUGUGGAAAUCCAAGUGGAAGUCAGUAAGCCCACUCGUCAUCUUUGGCUCCACAUCAGAGAGACAUUUGUCAGCACCAUGCCCAGAUUAAAGAUGCUGAACAGUCAGGGAGGGCAGAGGGAUGUGGCUGUGAAAAGCUGUUUUGAAUACAAACCUCAGCAGUAUGUGGUGGUGGAGGCCACAGAGGAGCUGCCUGUCACUGGUCCAGGAGAUCUGUAUGUGCUCAGUCUGGACUUCCAGGGCUGGCUCAAUGGCUCUGUGGUUGGAUUCUACAGAGUUAUCUACACAGAGAAGGGGGUCACCAAAAAGAUUGCUGCAACUGAUCAUGAGCCAACAGAUGCCCGCAAGUCAUUCCCGUGCUUUGAUGAACCAAACAAGAAAGCCACCUACUCUAUCUCCAUCACUCAUGAUGCUAAGUAUGGAGCUCUAUCCAACAUGCCACCAGAGGGCGCUCCUCAACAACUGCCAGGCAAUAAAGCAAAAACUUCCUUCCAGAAGUCCAUUCCAAUGAGUACCUAUUUGGUAUGUUUUGCUGUGCACCAGUUUGAGUAUGUGGAAAGAACCUCUGCCCAUGGAAUUCCUUUGAGAAUCUACGCUCAGCCAACUCAGUUAGGAACUGCAGAAUAUGCAGCCAACGUAACCAAGAUCAUUUUUGAUUACUUUGAGGAAUAUUUCAACAUGACAUACUCCAUCUCAAAAUUGGAUAAGAUAGCCAUCCCUGACUUUGGUACUGGUGCCAUGGAGAACUGGGGUCUCAUCACCUAUCGGGAGACCAACCUGCUGUAUGAUGAGAACCAGUCAUCCUCCAAAAACAAGCAAAGAGUGGCCAGUGUUAUUGCCCAUGAGCUGGUUCACCAGUGGUUUGGGAAUAUUGUAACCAUGGAUUGGUGGGAUGACCUCUGGCUUAACGAGGGGUUUGCCAGUUUCUUUGAGUACAUUGGUGUGGAGAAAGCUAGACCUACCUGGGGCAUGCGAGACAUCAUGAUCGUCAAUGAUGUGCUUCCUGUCAUGGUGGAUGACGCCCUCCUUUCCUCUCACCCUAUCAUUGUGAAUGUGUCUACCCCAGCAGAAAUUACUUCGGUGUUUGAUACCAUCUCAUACAGCAAGGGAGCAUCAAUUCUCAGGAUGCUGGAGGACUGGAUCGGUAGAGACAUGUUCAGAGACGGUUGUCGAAAAUAUUUGAAAGACUACUACUUCAAGAACGCCAAAACAGCCAACUUCUGGGAAUCUCUUGCCAAUGUGAGUGGGUUGCCAGUUGAAGAAGUCAUGGACACAUGGACCAAACAGAUGGGUUAUCCUGUGCUAGACCUGUCUGUGUCUGAGACAAAUGCCAGGCUAAGCCAAACACGUUUCCUCCUGGAUCCUAACGCUGAUGCCAGUCAGCCUCCCUCAUCUCUUGGGUACAAGUGGACAAUUCCAGUUAAAUGGCAUUCUGUGCAAAGUGACAAGAAUAUGUUGGCUAUGUUUGACAAGAGCAGCACAGAGCUUGUCAUCGAUAACUAUUCAUUCUCAACGGACGGGCUGCUGAAGGUUAACAAUGAUCACGUUGGAUUCUACAGGGUUAACCACGCUGACAACAUGUGGAAUAUUAUUAGUCAACAGCUUCAAACCAACCACUCGGAAUUUGACGCAGCAGAUCGCACAAGCUACUUUGAUGAUGUUUUUGCUCUUGCACGGGCUGGGAUUGUAGAUUAUGGUAAUGCCUUGAAUCUUACUAAAUAUCUAACAAAUGAGUCUGACUACAUAGUCUGGAACCGUGUGGCUUCUUCUAUUGCUUAUGUUCAGGACAUGCUAUCUGGGAAUGCUGAACUCUACCCAAAGUUUCAGAAACUGUUUCGUGACCAUGUUAAAGCAAUCUCAACACAACUUGGAUGGAAUGAUGUGGGAACACAAACACAGAGGUUACUGAGGGAGACUGUGCUCAGCAUCGCUUGUCAGAUGGGUGAUCAAGAUGCUCUGAGUCAAGCAUCACACAUUUUUGAUCAGUGGAUUAAAGGAGAUCUCAGCAGUGUAGCAGUGAACCUGAGACUACUGGUAUAUAGAUAUGGCAUGAAGAACUCGGGAACUGAAGAAAAGUGGAACACAAUGUUUCAAAGGUACAAAAAUGCUUCUUUGGCUCAAGAGAAGGACAAGCUGCUGUAUGGACUGGCAUCUGUGGAGAACUUGGAACUUCUCUACAAGCUGCUGGAGGCUACUAAAGAUGAGAGUGUAGUGAGGAGUCAGGAUUUGUUCACUCUGGUGCGAUACGUGUCAUACAACCCACUCGGUCAACGCAUGGCCUGGGACUGGACCACACUCAACUGGGACUAUCUGGUCAACAGAUACACCAUAAACGACAGGAAUCUUGGUCGUCUCCUGACUCAAAUCACCACCACUUACAAUACAGAGUUCCAGCUGUGGACGAUGGAGCAUUUCUUCAAUCUAACACCAGAUGCUGGUGCUGGGGAGAUGCCCAGGAAGCAGGCAUUGGAGACGGUGAGGAACAACAUUGAAUGGAUCAGGAGAAAUGAGAACGAGAUCCGAGAGUGGUUGGAAAACAACACUGCCUAAAACACAGCUAAAGUGCAGGCAUUCUGCACUUUAGAGAAUCUGAGCAUCCCUCAGUGUAAUCAAUGUUUAAACAAAAAGCUAAUGUAAGUGUUAAUUUAUUUGAGAUUAAGGGCUGAAAAAACAAAUUUUUAGAUGAUUUGUUCAUCUUUAUGAGAUAUAUCACACAUAUUAUACAGAGUCAUCUAGGCAGGACAGUUGGUUAGUGGAGUAACAUUUCCAUUGGAUGAGCUGUCAAGAGUGACUGUGUCUAAAAGUGAGUGUGGAUGAUGCGAACAAGAGCUAAAUAAAGAAAUGGCCUUGUAGUUUAUUAUAUGGAGCAUUUCUUGAGUCUAACACUGUCUAACACAUUUUAUGUGGAAUGUGUCCCAGAAGGGACACCAGAAUUUGAAUGUGAAGAAGCUAUUGUAAAGAAGUUAAAUAAAUGUUUAGCUAUCUUGUUCAACCUGAAAGGAAGUUAUUGAUAUAAAAAUGUAAAAGUAAUAAUAUAAUAAUAAAGUCAAUGUGUGAGGA